AUGAAGGGUGGAAAUGCUUUACGGUAUCGCGGCAGCAACUUUUUACGUCAGCGCCUGGUAUUGUCCACGGUGAGUGGACGACCAGUUGUCAUCACUGACAUUCGAGUGAAGGAUGAAGAACCUGGUUUGAGGGAUUACGAGGCGUCCUUCGUGAGAUUGUUGGACAAGUUGUGUGAUGGUUCAGACAUCAGCAUUGACGAGACAGGCACCACCUUGAAGUAUCGCCCGGGCCAGAUCGUGGGCGGCAGCGGCUUGGUCCACAGCUGUCCGCCGAGCCGAAGCCUGAGCUACUUCCUGGAGGUUCGCUUGAAGGGAGCUGCGGCCUCAGGGCCCUCGUGCCGUCAGCGUCUACAUGCCAUGGCCAGACCGCAGCUGAGGCUGGGCCGAAGGGUGGCUUCUGGUGGUUGGGAUCACAUCUUGGGUUCUCCGCUGAUGGUUAGCCUGCUCCGGCACGAGCACCUCCUUCUGUUCAUGCACGAACGCUUUCUCUCCAUGCAGGAGGCUGGGGCUGACUGGCAGGCAGCCUCAUUCUUCGGUGGCGAGGACGGAAUCGAGGCAGUUCUCAGUGCCGACGAGUUCAGCUUCGCACUGCGACAAAGUGGCGAGAACAGCGAAAUCGAGAGAUUUGAUUUGUUGGCCAAGGGGAGAUGUGGCUACGGCCGCCCCUCAGAGCAACUCUUUCACUCCUUCUCCGGCGGCCAAAACAGGAUCAAGGUGCGCGACCUCCUGCAGUUCAUCGUGCGCAUCGCGCCAGAGACUGAAGCGCCGGGUCCGCCCGUUUCGCCCGUUGCGGCACCGGCGAAGGAGCUUUCUUAG